AUGAAUAACGAAACUUUUUCAAGAGAUGAUAUCGUUAUUGUUAAUGUAAAUCCAAUGAAAAAAACUAUUGCAGCAGCAAUGACAAAAAUGAAUCUUGCAAAUAAUCAAAAAAAAAAUCAAGAAAAAGCAUCACCACCAAUUGAAAAAUAUCGUCGAUUAAAUAAAUUGUCUGUAACAGACAUGUCAGAAUUAUCAUGGUGCGAACAAAAAUUUCAUUAUUCUUUAAUUUACGGUAAAGUUAGAACAAAUGUGAUGAAAAUUGGCACAACAAUCCAUUCAAAGCUAGAGUUAGAAGAUCAUAAAUUAAUUGAAGUCAAAAGGAUAUGUGUGGAGGAUGAUUGGGGUGUAAAGUUGACAAAUCUAUUAAUAGCUUUAACAUCAUUAACAAAGACCAAAAAAUCACGUGAAAUUCCAAUCUUUGGAUUUCUAUUUGAUUCUUUUAUCAUCGGUGUUAUAGAUGAGAUAAAACACGUUAGUAGGCUAGGAGAUAAUAUUAUGAACAAUGAUAUGUUUAGCAAAGAAACAUUUGAGCAGGAUAAAUGGAUUAUUUCAGACACUAAAACUAAAUCAAGAAUCAUCAAGCCAAGUAAAUCCACAAUUUUGAUGUCAACAAAAGUCCAAUUAAUGCUAUAUAAAAAAUUAUUUGAUGAAUUGAUAAAAAACCAAAUGGAUUUUAAAAAAAUGUUUGAACAUUUAAAUUUAAAUCCUGAUCGACCAUUUUCUUCAGAUUUACAAGAAUUACUAAGUUCAUUUGAUUUUAAACAAUAUUUCGAGAAAUUCAAAGAAAGAAAGUUGGAAUAUAGUUUAAGUCUUUUGGCAGAAUUGAUAAAUGAAUAUGUAAAGUCGAUCGGGACAAGUAGUAAUCUUUUAGAAGUUAAUUAUAGAUAUCAAGGUGAUGGUAAAGACUUGGGCAGUGUAUUAUUUGAAUUUGAGGAAGAAAAUUUGGAAAAAAAAUUAAAAAGAGGAAUUUUGUAUUGGAAAGGUAUUGUAAAGCCCCAAGGUGUUGAAAUCGAAGAGGCUUGGAAAUGUAGGCAAGUAUAUAAUUGGCAUAUUUGA